AUGGCUGCCCCACCUGACGGCAACCCUAGCGCGGCGCUCGAUGCCGAGCUUAUUAGCGCCCCCCUCACCAGAUCUGCGAGGAUGAACCUGGUCGACAUCAAGGCCGAGGUCCCCGUCGUCCUCGGCCUGGAUGAGGAGAACUACGACGAGUGGCAGAACUCCAUGCUGGCGGUCCUCAACCGCUUCGAGGCCGCCGGCCACGUCAACGGCGAAGAGGACGAGCCCGCCCAGGACGACGGAGGGGACGGUGCCGGAGCCAACGAAGCCGAGGAGUGGCGGCGCGAGGACAUGGCCAUCGUGAUGUGGAUCUUCGGCACCAUCAGCAGCCAGCUGGUCAACAUCAUCGCGCAGCCGGGCCUCACGGCCUACGACGCCUGGUCCGAGCUCGCCCAGAUCCUCACCCCCGACAAGCCGGUGCGCGCGGCCUACCUCAAGGCCGAGUUCCGCAACACCACGCAGGGGGACAUGACCGUCCUCCAGUACUGGCGCCGCCUCAAGGCGCUCGUGGAUGCCCUGGCCGACGUCGGCGUCGCCAUCGCGGACGACACGCUCACCUUGCACCUGAUCCGCGGCGCCAGCAAGAGAUACCGUGUCGUGGUGUCCAUGAUUCUGGCCGAGUUCCACCUCAUGUCCUCCAUGGGAGCCCAGUCGUACCUCAUGAUGGAAGAAUACGAGAUCAACGACACCGAAACUGAAUGA